AUCUCUUAGUAUUUUUUAAUUUCGCUGAGAAAUUUCAGACAUCGAAAACUGAACACGAAGAAACAAGUUAAGUUUCCGAUUUUGCCCUCAUCGGCUAAUGAGUUUUACGGAGGAGCUCGCAGCUGCAGGUAGGUAGCGGAAACAAGAGAUCUUUAUAUAUUCCUUCCUCUCUUCUCUAACCUAAUUCCGGCGAAGAAGAAGACGGAAAAAGCCCUGACUAGUGAAGAAUCCGAUGUCAGCGACUGCUCUCUCGAGAUUAAACCCAGUUUCUCAAUUUGGGUUUCAAAGAAUCGUUGCUGGGAAAAGUAAGAGCUUCUUCUCCAAUUCGGGUCAAAGGAGAUUGUUUUCUGAUAGUUCUCGGUUUCGUCAAGCCAUGGCUGCUUCUGGUUCUUUGCCAGUGUUUGGAGACGCUUGUUUGGAUGAUUUGGUUACUACUUGUUCAAAUGGCUUAGACUUCACUAAGAAGCGUUCUAGUGGUGGUAGCUUCACUAUUAAUUGUCCUGUAGCUAGCAUGAGACUUGGGAAGAGAGGGGGAAUGAUGAAGAACCGAUUGGUUUGUCACUAUUCUGUUGUUGAUCCGCUAGAAAAGAGUCGUGCACUCUUUGGGACAUUGUCUAAGAGUGUUCAUACUUCUCCUAUGGCUUGUUUCUCGGUUGGACCGGCUCAUGAGCUGUCUUCUCUUAACGGUGGUUCUCAAGAGUCACCACCAACUACUACUACAUCUCUUAAGAGUCUUAGGCUAGUGUCGGGGUCAUGUUAUCUCCCGCAUCCUGAAAAGGAAGCUACAGGUGGAGAAGACGCUCACUUUAUCUGCGAUGAAGAACAAGCUAUUGGAGUUGCAGAUGGAGUUGGCGGUUGGGCUGAGGUUGGUGUUAAUGCGGGACUGUUUUCGCGUGAGCUUAUGUCUUAUUCAGUAUCUGCAAUUCAAGAACAGCAUAAAGGUUCUUCUAUCGACCCUUUAGUGGUGUUAGAGAAAGCACAUUCUCAAACCAAAGCCAAAGGCUCCUCCACGGCUUGUAUCAUCGUUUUAAAAGAUAAGGGAUUACACGCCAUUAAUCUCGGAGACAGUGGAUUCACGGUGGUUAGAGAGGGAACCACGGUGUUUCAGUCUCCGGUUCAGCAGCAUGGAUUCAACUUCACUUAUCAAUUAGAGAGUGGGAACAGUGCCGACGUCCCUAGCUCCGGUCAGGUAUUCACAAUUGAUGUUCAGUCUGGAGAUGUCAUUGUCGCUGGAACAGAUGGAGUGUAUGAUAAUUUAUACAAUGAAGAGAUCACAGGAGUGGUGGUUAGCUCGGUGAGGGCCGGUUUAGACCCGAAAGGCACAGCUCAGAAGAUUGCAGAGUUGGCACGUCAAAGAGCAGUCGACAAAAAACGGCAGAGCCCUUUCGCAACUGCGGCUCAGGAGGCUGGCUACAGGUAUUACGGAGGAAAGCUUGAUGACAUCACUGCCGUCGUUUCUUACGUCACCUCAUCUUAAGAGACCAAAUUGAUGAUCUUCUGUUUAAACGGUCCAAUCCCGCCAAAAUCUGACGAUACCUUUUCUUUUAUUUUUUGUUGUGUUUUUUUGAAAAACUUGUUACGGUAUUAAAAGUCCUCAGGAGGUCAUUAAAUGUGUAUUUUUCACGGAAUCAAAAUAUAGUUUAGCUAAGUUAUGAAACGUGAAUCUAAUUGUGUUUACUUAGGUGAAAAAACACGAUAGAAU